AUGACCGGGCCAGCUGUCAUCGUGGAUCCGGCUACUGAGGCUCAACAACAACCACCUAUUAUCUCAUCGCCUACUGCUCCUGCAUUACAAGUGCCAGCAGAUCAGCACCACCAUGUCCACCACCCCGACCACCCCGAUCCGCCCUCCAUCCUGACAAGCCUGACGCUUUCAGAUGUCCCGGGUGACCUUGCCCAGCUCGGACCACUCGAUCCGCCCCAUCUGCAACUCACUGAUACCAGUCUGGACAACGACAGCGCCGCAUUACCACCUGUCCGCUCAACUUCACGUCACCAACCGCGCAAACCCUCUCCCGGCCUCGCAGCGCGUCUCAAGGCCCUAGGCUUCGGCGGCACACCGAGGCAGUCCUCCGCGCCAUCAACAUACAGUCACGAGCGCAUCGGCCGAUUGCCAGAAGACCAGCUACGAUCAAUCGACGAAAAGCAUCAGGCCAACAGUGUUGCCGAUCUUAUUGAGCGGCGUGGUCGCGCUUGGAAGGGCGCCGGCGCUCCCUUGCAGCAACUGCUCAGAUCAAAGUCCAGUCGCAGCAGUCUAAGGUCGCUGGGCAGGGUCGAGGAGGAUACUCUCGAGCCCGAGCGGAAACCCAUCACAAAGCUUGAGCUGCCCGAGAUUCCCUCAACGCCCCCUCUCGAGAUGGAUACAAACAAGUACAUCCUGCCUGACCACACCAAUGGCAAUGGCACAAAGGCUCUGUCGGAUACACGUCGUGAGCACAUUGAGCGUGAUGUGCCCGCACAAGAUCAAGAAGACGAUUUGAUCACAACGCCGCCGCCGCCGCCUCCUCCCCCCAAAGACACGCCGCCAGGCGGGACAGCUCCGUCCGAGUUCAAUCCCGAUGAACUCUCAUAUUUCAAUCCGCUGGGCUUGCAACGGACUGGUUCUAUUUACACCAUCUCGAGACUUUCUUUUGCGAACCAACUUGCCCAACUGACGUCAUUGCAACUCCCCGAUGCCGAAACGUUGCCAGGCAAGAUAUCUGCAAUUCCAACAGCUCAGGCUGCUGCUAAAGCUCUGAUCAAUGCCGCUGAACAGAUACGCAUGUGGAUCUACAAGGCAACCGAGGUAAUCGGAGGUCUCGACAGUGAUGGCGAUGUUGAGUGGGCUGCAGCAGGUGGCAGGGAAGGUUAUGAGGAAGUGGAAAAUCUCGUGACAAGAUUCGAGGAACUCAUCAAUGUCUACGUUGGUGCGAUUGAGGAGCUUCAAGGCCGUGGCGACAUUGGCAAUGUGAGUAGCAAUGACUUGACGCGAGCCGUCUCACAGAUGGAGUCGAUUUUGGGUGAAUGGGCCAAGAUUCGUUCAACUUUAAAGGUUGCCAAGGGCCAAAUCGAAAUUGCCAUGGAGUGGGAGGAGCUAUGGAACACGGUGCUGGGCGAAAUUCAGAACGAGAUGGACGACCUUUGUCGGCUCGUCUUUGAAAUGGAGGAACGGAGGCACAAGUCUCUCAUGGCUGUCGCCAAUGGAGAUGGAGUCGAUAUAGGGGACUUGGAAACCAUAGUGGAGGAGACGCCAUCCGUAGCGGCCCGCAACAACCGCAUGAGUUUACCAGUCAUCCCCAAUAGUCCCGCUUCCCCGGCAGGAGCGGGCCCUUCUCUGAACCAGGACGACUCCAGUCUGCUCGCACUGUUUGCCAGGAUGCAACCACUCAAGGCCUCCCUGGACUUUUUGCCAAUGAGACUCUCAGUAUUCGAGGCGAGAGCAGAGGGCGUGUUUCCUUCCGCCUGUGAGGAGUUGUCAGAGAGGAAAAUAGCUCUUGAGGAGAGCUACAAGAAACUUGAAAAGGAUGCAGAAUCAGUACGAAAAGAGCUCGGCGAGGACAAGUGGGUGCUAGUGUUUCGCGGUGCUGGUCGUCAAGCACAGAAGAUGUACGAAUCUGUCGAGCGUAGUGUCGCCAAACUGCGUGAAGCGGUGGACGCGGGAAUGCAUCUCACCAACCCGGCGGCCAUGAUCAAGAAGAUUGAGAGCUACGAAGCGAAGAAGGUACACUAUGGUCCAGCCAUCGAAAGAGUUCUUUCCAUCAUUGAAAAGGGCGUCAAAGAUCGGCUGACCGUCAAUGGUGAGAUCCUGAGGCUGCACGCCGACAUGCAAUUGAAGUGGCAGGACAUCAAACACCAGAUACAGGAUUUGGAUGCGGCACUCGAGGAAGUCCAGGCGGACAAGAGAGGCCAAACAUUGCGAGACUCCAUCUCGAGCAUGCUCUCCAACGACAGGUCUACUAUUGCUAGCGGCCAUGAUACUCCGGGAAGCUCUCCGCCUUCAUCUGUCAUCAUGUCAAACCUUGGACUGGAGCCCGUGACACCAGCAGCCAAGAAGACUCGCGCAGUCAGCACCGGCAGUCAUCUUCCACAGCCGUCGUCCGCCCGCAGAUCCCUUGCCGCUCCCAAUCAGAUCCCUCGAAAGCCGAUCGGCUCGCGUCUCUCCACCAUAUCCACCCCAUCCCAAAAGUCCACGCCGCCACGAAGCGCAUCUGCAACGCCUCUCGGGUAUCGGAUGCCCAGGACUUCUUCCAACCUGAUUGACAACCGUCCUCGCUGGAAUGGCUCGGUCAACCCACAGCAUAGCGACGUCGGGCACAACUUCAAACCCCUCAGCAUGACUACACCAAGUCCAUAUGCAAAGACGGGUUCUACUCCGAACCGUUCCACAUCGUCUCUAGCAGCACACGGCUCACAGAGCUCAAAGCUUCCUGUUCUUCGCAGUCCGCUCAGCCGAGCGGGGACAGUAUCACCAAUGCCCGAGGAUACACCCUCGAGAUUGAGUACAUCCCGUCUAUCGUUCCGCGAUCGAAUUUCCUCGCCCGGGCCUUAUGCGCAGCAAACGUUGGCCCAGCCACGUUUGACAAGCAAGAACUCCAUGUCCUCGCUCACAAACAAUAGAAGGGCCUCGUUGCAGCCACCUCAAAUGCAGGGCUACGAUGCUGCGAGGCGACCCGCGAGCUCCAUGGCAGCCUCCAGACGCACAAGCAUGCUGCCGCAGCCAAAGGCAAGAGCAGAGACACCUACUGGACGGCACAGUCCCCAUGCGCUUGCUGGGGCGCGUUCUGCUGUGCGGAAAUACAGCAGUAGUAGCAGUGCAGCAAGGGAGGAUUCCAAGGAUAACAAGCCUCGUUGGCGGUUUUGA